GCCGGUGGGGUCACUCAAACCCCCAGAAGUGAGCCUCUACUGCAGUCAAUCCUCUUUGAGGUCUUCUGUCCCUCCAUUAGAAUGAGAUGGAGACAAUAAAUCGCGUAAAACACUGUCACUAACAAUCGUUAUGUGGUUUAAUCGUAGAAUAAAACUGCCACAGGAACUCCACAACUCGUGAAACAAUAUCUCGAUCAUUUUUUUUAACAAUCUGGAUGCUGUGAGGUGCCAACAAUGGCUCAAUCUCUGUUCGAUGCGUUGACAGGGGUGUCCCUGGACAGUUCAGCAGUGCAGUCCCUGCUGGAAUCCCAGACUCUCAUCACCGAAGUUGAAAAUUCAGGUACAAAGACUCCCCAGUAUUUUAUACAGAGCGAAUUGAAUCGAAAUUCAAACGAAAUUUCUCCAGCAAUCGAGCAAGAUGACGAUGACAUCUUCCAGUGUGGCAAGUGCAAGUGUCAGUUCACGUCUCUUCACCUGUUUCUCCUCCACAAACGAGAGCACCUGAAGCCCCCUGAGGAGACAGUCGAUCUCUCCCAGUAUCUGGUGCCGAACAGUGUCGAAACGUCUCCAGAAGACUGCCAACAGUCCCAGUACAAUCCUGAGGAGAGUUUCAUCCAAACUGACCAGCUGACAGAGCCAAUAAUUCUCGAGGAAACGGAUAUGCUCUUCAGCAUGGACCAAGAGGGUGCAUAUCUCACCUCAGACACUGGUUUCGGUGUUCCCAUUAUUCUGUCAACGGAAAACCUUGAGACCUUCCACCAGAGUGCAACUGAUAAUCUCCUCAAGGACGAACAAAUGCUGACUGAUGCCACUUCCCUCAGUAAUAUCAAUCAAAUGGAGUCUGAGACUGCCCCAGAGCCACUGGACCAACUCGAUCAAAAUGAAACACCAGAGGAUAAUGAGAGUCAAGCCACUUCACCUCAAAACUUCAAGUACAAAUGCAAUUACUGCAGUAAACAGUUUGCAAAAAAAUUCUACUGGCAGCAGCACGAACGUUCGCACACUGGAGAGAAGCCUUAUCAGUGUGUUGUUUGUGGUAGAGCUUUUGCACAGAAGUCCAAUGUCAAGAAGCACAUGUCAUCGCACAAAGUCUGGCCCGGCACAGCAAUUCACUCACUUCCUCCAGAAGCCCCUCCAGAUGGAAACAUAGACCGAACGUAUCACUGUCAAUUUUGCAAAGAGAUAUUCGACUCGUACAAAGCCCUGAAGGCCCACCUGAUUGUCUCCCACAUGACCCUAAAGGUGUACAAGUGCGUCCAGAGCUCAUGCAGCAUGAUGUUCGCCGAGCUCGACGACUUCCUGGAGCACACACGCAGCCACAAACGCUCCGAGUACAGAUGUCACGUGUGCGGUCAGGUAUUCAAUACCCUGAGUGAUCUCGGUCUCCAUCAGUACGUUCACUCCGUCCAGAAGCAAAAAACAACAGAGAAGUAUUACUGCUGCACCGUCUGCAAGAGUUCGUUCUCGAAUUUAGAGGCACUGCAGCAUCACACGGAGACGACAACUCACGAUUACGCCUGUCCUCACUGCGGCAAGAGUUUUUUAAUCGAGAGAUUUCUCAGGAGGCACCUGAAGACUCACGUAUCAUCAGCGAGAUUCGCCUGCGAGGACUGUGGCAAGGCUUUUAAGACCGAACAGUACCUGGCGAAUCAUAAAUUAAUUCACAGCGAGGAAACGCCUUAUAUCUGUAGCCAGUGUCCAGCUAGAUUCAAGAGGAAGGAUCGUCUUGGCAGGCACAUGCUCAUCCACGACCUCACCAAGAGGCUCAAGUGCCCCUUCAGGGGCUACCUCGGCUGCAUGAGCGAAUUCUCCAGACCUGAUAAACUCAAGAGGCAUCUACUCACUCACAGCAAUAUCAAGAGGUUCAGCUGUGGACACUGCAACAGAAAUUUCUCCAGAGCUCAGGCUCUCAAGCAUUAUGAAAUUAGUAAACACAGUCUCAAGUGUGACAGCUGCUCUCAUAUAUUCAAGAGUAAGGACCAACUGGUGACUCACAAUUGCGAUCAGAAUGGAGAGAGCAAAAAGCACACGAGCUCGCAAUUACCUAAAAAGGCAUCCGGUACUUUCAAACCGCGGAAGCCAACGCCAAAGAGACAAUUACCCCAGAAAACAAAUCCUGGGAUUAUUGAUAAGGAGAAAAUGAAGGCUGACGAGUUGGAUAAGAGAAUUUUAUCGCCAGAACCUUCGAGGCUCAGUGACACCGAGGAAGAGUUCAGUGCGAGAGCCCCAAGUGAUUUCUCAAUCACGAGGGAAAUCGGAUCAAUGGACUCUCUCAUUGAAUCAGCCUCCCCCGAGCACAUCAGAUCCAACAUCGAUUUCCAAUCAAUACAAUCAAAUGUCGAAUGGACUGAGAAAAAUAUCACCGCAGAUCAAUCAAAACAAAAGGAUAAUAAGCUUUUGAAUGAAUUCUCAUGAGUGAAUAUUUUCCUCCGUCAAAACUUUUUGAUAUAUUUUUAAAAUAGUAUUUGAUCACUCGUUUUUAGAAUCGUAGUCCACAAUUGCCAUAGCACGUGCAAUGAGAGAAUUAUAUCGGUGUUUUAAGUAUCAUUGACGACGCAUUUUUUGUGCCCAAUGCAUUUUACCAGUUUUUUUUUUUAGAUGGACAUAGGUAUUAAUGAUUUUGUAGCUUACAUAUCUGUGAUAUUUGUAUUAUAUACGUGAACGUAACUUAUAAAUAUUUCUCUAAGAGUCUAUCCUGUA